AGACCUUUUCCCCCAGUUCAUAUGCGUUUUCCUUCUCUGGCGGUGAUGGGUCUCAGUCCUCAACUCUGAAAUCUCAAAUUCUUGAGACAAAGCAUAAAAAAGAAAAUGCUUUCUUCCCUCUAUCUCAACCUCAACCCAGCGCCCAAUCAUUUAAUCACAACUUCCCAUUUCCAUCCACAUCAGAGUCAGAGGCUCUCCAUUCCUCACUAUCCAGCCUUCAACAGUACAUCUCCAAUCAUCAAAUCCUCCAAUACCAUUUUCACAUCUUCCUUCUCUAAACACCCUUUAAUCCUCAUAAGUUUCAGAACCCAAUGCACCACCACAACAUGCCCAACCGUUUAUGACGAUGAAACCAACCAAUAUCUUAAACCUGAGCAUGUGAAAGAAGAAACCCAGGAAAAGAGCUUCUGGGCUGCCGUUAGUUUGAUUAUAGGCACUGCUGUAGGGCCUGGUAUGCUAGGCUUGCCCUCUGCAACCAUUAGAUCGGGUCCACUUCCUUCAACCAUUACGAUCCUUUUCUCAUGGGUCUAUGUAAUUUCCUCCAUACUCCUUGUUGCGGAGCUUAGCUUUGCAGCCAUGGAAGAAGAUGGGGUUGAUGAGGUGAGCUUCACUGGCCUUGCAACCAAGGCAUUUGGAAGCCGUUUCGGCGCUUUUGUUGCUGUAGUUUAUGCUUGCCUUAGCUUUUCCCUUUUGGUCGCCUGUGUCUCAGGUGUUGGCCCUAUUAUGACUCAGUGGUUUCCAUGGAUGAAUCCUAUAGUUGCUCAUGCUUUAUUCCCUUGCAUUGUUGGUUCUGUUAUUGGGUUCUUCCCAUUUAAGGCUAUUGAUGCAGCAAAUAGGCUUUUAUGCUUCACCAUGCUUCUCUCCAUAGCUGCUCUUGUGGGUAUUGGUUUAUCUGUUGGGAGAUCAAACAUUUUGGGUUCCCUUGGGUAUGCUUCGUGGGCACCCUCCGCAGUCUUGCCUGCAAUACCUUUAACUGUACUCACGUUGGGUUUCCAUGUAAUCACCCCAUUUAUUUGUAAGUUAGCGGGGAAGAGUCUGUUGGAUGCUCGUAGGGCAAUACUGUUUGGUGGAGCUGUGCCUCUGUUCAUGGUCCUGUCAUGGAAUUUGGUUAUUUUGGGGCUUGCAAGGAUGAAUACAGCCUGCUCUGAAGAUCCUAUUGGACUCAUACUCUCUAUAAAUGCAUCAGCUUUACCAGCAGUUCAAGGUUUCGCAUUUUCAGCCUUGGCAACUAGUUUGAUAGGUUAUGCUGUCAGCUUCCCAAAACAACUUGUGGAUGCCAUCGAGCUAAUUUUGGGAAGAGAGAAGUCCACUGAAGUUGGUAUCAAUGAUGGUGGAAAUGGAAGGGUGGGGUUCGCUGUGUAUUGGAAAGGGGAAAGAGUUGGAACUCCAGGUCAGGUUUCUUUUGUUACAUCAAGGUGUAUUUCUGGUUCUACAGCUGAGAAAACAUCAGAAAACAAAGGAUUUAGUUCAGCUAAAAUACCUGUAUUGCUGCUUGUCCUCGGUGUUCCAGUGUUCAUAGCUUCUUUCUUCCGCUCAGCUUUUUCUAAAGCUCUUGAUUUUGCUGGGGUUUAUGCAAAUUGCUUCCUCUUUGGGAUCUUACCACCUCUAAUGGCUUGGAUUUACCGAUCCAGAAAAAAGUUCAGAUCAUCCACUUCUGGAGAUGUUAGCAUCCUGCCUGGGGGAGAUGCUGCUCUUCUGCUACUCUUUGGCAUUGCUGUCACGUUAGGACUUUGGCAUUAGAUGUUUAAGAGUAAGAAAAUCUGACAAAGACACUUCAUCUCAGCAGCUUGGAAACAGAGUUAUUGUCCUUAUAUAUAUCAAAUUUUGUCAUUCAAGUUUCCAAGAAAAUUCAGUUAUUCAUAUUUAAUCCUAAUCAGUAGUUUUGCUUUCAUUCUUUCAGAUGUUGAUGUUUACUGCACAAUUAAUGAAAGAUAAAUGGAAUUUAGAUGAGAUU